AUGGCGCCGCGCCGCCCCACCGCGCCUGCGCGCUGCCCCGCCUCGAGCCCCGGGCCGCCCCGCUCCUCCCCGGCGGGAGCAGGCAUCACUCAGAAAUGCAUCUCCAUCGAGUACCACUUCUCCCAGCCAAUACACUUACAUAACAUCCUCAUCAACCUGACAAAGAUGAUCCAGCAGAACAAAUGGCAUCUGCUCUACUUGAGAAGUUUCCUGGGCAUGGCUGCAGCUGUUCUCUGCAGGUGCAUUGUGGCCGCAGUCAACUUCUUUUGGGAGAAAAGCCUCACCCAGCAUGUCACAGGUUGUCUGUUCCUGAUGACAAGUAAUGGUAAUGCUUCCAUAUUUGGCGCUAUAUCUCCGUGCCCUUAUGCAGCCAGCAUUGCAUGUGACCUGAACUACUUCCCUCAGUUCAUCUAUAGCCUUCCUGAUGACACAGAACACGGAUACAGCUGGUCUAUACUUUGUGCCUGGUGCAGUCGGGGAUUUAUAGCAGCAGGCAGGUGUCUUUCCACAGCUUACCCUUUCAUUAGCAGGAGCAAGAUUAUGCAGCUCAAGUCCACCAGAGACUCCUCUGUGUGACUGCUCCCCCACUGCCCACACCAUCCAGUGAUGGCUGAAAAACAUCCCCAGGACUUACUACAAGAAACAGAAGCAAAGGGAAAAUGAAAUUCAGGAUUCCAAGCACAAAAGCCUGAUUC